AUGCCUGAGCCGGCGAAAGUUUCCAAGAAGGGCGCCAAGAAAGCCUUGCCUAAGUCAGCAGGCAAGGCGGCCAAGAAGAGCAAGUGGGCGAGGAAGAAGAGUUAUGCCAUCUACAUCUACAAAGUGAUGAAGCAGGUUCACCCCGAUACCGGCAUCUCCUCCAAGGCCAUGAGCAUCAUGAACUCGUUCGUGAACGAUAAUUUCGAGCAGAUCGCGGGUGAGGCUUCCCGCCUGGCCCAUUACAACAAGCGGUCGACUAUCAGCUCCCGGGAGAUCCAGACGGCCGUGCGCCUACUGCUGCCCGGAGAGCUGGCCAAGCACGCUGUGUCGGAAGGGACCAAGGCGGUGACCAAGUACACCAGCUCCAAGUGA